AUGGUUAUAAAAGAAAAUAAUAAUAUUGAAUUUUCUGACUUAAAAAAAAUCGGUGAAGGAGGAUUUGGAAUCAUAUCCAAAGCAAUAUGGAAAAGACAACAUCAGUUAGAGAUUACUGUCGCUAUAAAACAAUUAAAAAAUAAAAGUGACAUUGAUAAAUUUAAGCAAGAA